AUAAUGAACACAAAGAAGCUAAUCAAGAUGGCCAAGAAAUGGCAACAAAGAGCAGCCCUUCACAGGAAAAGGAUCUCAUUCCAAAGGUCAAGUGCUACUACUAGCAGCUCAACGGUAGUGGAAAAGGGAUGUUUUGUGGUUUACACAGCAGAUAAAAUCCGCUUUGCUUUUCCGAUAAGUUACCUGAGCAGCUCUGUUUUCCAAGAGCUCUUGAAGAUCUCUGAAGAAGAAUUCGGUCUCCCAACCGGUGGACCAAUCACAUUACCAUUCGACUCGAUUUUCUUGGAGUAUCUCAUCAAAUUGCUCCAACGACGAAUAGAUGAAGACACAGAAAAGGCACUGUUAAUGUCAAUCUGUAGUUCUAGAUGUUCUUCACAAUGCUCUUUGCAACAGCAAGAACAGAGUAGACACUUGCUUGUAUUUUAG